AUGGGAUAUUUCACCUCAAAGUCGGCUAGGGGCAUUAGUUAUCUCAAGCAAGUCUCCAUUACUACUGCCAUUGUUUCUUCAAUAGGAUAUGCCGCAUAUCAUCUACGUGAACAAAAUGCUGUUCAAUUAGAUCCACCGAAUACAACUUAUUCAAAUCCGUCAAAGGUUCGAUUACCACCUAAGGACCCUGAAAGUAUUAACAGUCGUUUGCGGGAAUAUGAAAAGACCGUUUUUGUAAAUCGAGAUGGUAUCGCCAGAUAUGACUUUAAUCAAUUAGCAAGUAACGAUCCUUGUGAGGACGACCACGUGGAGUCGGUUUCGAAGGAGAUUGACGAUGGGAAUUGGUACUUCUGGGGUGUUUUUGAUGGUCACUCUGGCUGGAAUACUUCUCUGUACUUGCGUCAGCAUCUAGUCCCAGCAGUAGUCGAUGAACUAAGGAAAACAGCAAUGACAGCGAUGAAGAAUAAUGCAUGUCCUUCUGCUUUAAGCUACGAGCGAUCUUUGUGCAAUGCGUUUGAGAAUUUGGAUAAUCAUAUUGUACAUGAAAACAUUUCAACUGUAUUCAAAAAUCCAAAAUCUGUACAAAAUGCGGCUCGUUUAUUGCUACCAGCAGUUUCCGGUUCUUGUGCUCUUUUAACUGCAUAUUCUGCAAAGUCAAAGACUCUGCAAGUUGCUUGCACCGGCGACUCGCGAGCUGUAUUGGGUGAACAAACUUCCUCUGGAAGCUGGAAUGCUGUUCCAUUAAGCCGCGACCAAACAGGUGCAAAUCCAGACGAAGCUGCGCGUUUGGAAGUCGAACAUCCUGGUGAAACUGUUCUACGCAACAACCGUAUACUUGGGCGUUUAAUGCCUUCCCGAGCAUUUGGUGAUGCUAGAUUUAAAUGGUCUCGACAAGUCAGUGAACGUUUGCAUAAAGAGUACUUUUCAGCUGUCCCCAUUCCCGUAAAAUCCCCUCCAUACGUAACAGCUGUUCCUGAGGUGGAAACAGUUAGGGUCGAUUCUAAGAAACAUAAAUUCCUUAUUAUGGCUUCGGAUGGUCUAUGGGACACAAUGUCUAGUGAACGAGCAGUCGAGCUAGUCGGCCAAUGGAUGAAUUCAGACUUUGGAAAAAAGCCUGCCUCUGAGAACUUUUCGUCAAGUACGUUGAACCUAUUCAAUUGGUUCCAUAAAGCAUCACCAGUUGUGGAUGAAAAUGCUGCUACCCAUCUUGUCCGCAACGCGUUAGGUGGAAAAGAUGAAACAAUUUCAGCUCUUCUUACUUUGACCUAUCCUCUCUCCAGAAGGUAUAGAGACGAUCUUACAGUAACGGUGGUGUUCUUUGAAGAAAAUGAAGCGGCUUGA